CAGAUGCCAGAGAAUGUCCAAAAACACGUUUUUUAAAACCGCGCAAUGUGGCAAACUGGUGUGCAGAGUGCGCGAGUGUCGCUUGAUGCCUUAUCGCGCCGCGUUCGGUAGGCGCGGGGUAGCGUCAGUGUUCAGUGAUAUCCCUUGUGAGCCACUAGUGCGUCUCUACGCCGCAAUUCAUUGUCAGCACAUUCAAGCUGAUCUAUUUCUUAAUUCAAGUGAUAAAAUGAGUAAAUUUUCUCAAUACCAGAAUCGGAUGGACAAAUCUCGGGUGCCGAAGCUCCUCCAAAUUAUGGGCCUCGAGGCCAUACGGGAGGUUCUACGACACAUGGAACUGGCCUUAAUGAAGUCCAGUGAUUUGGAGUUCAAACUCUCCACGGAACCGACUUCAGUAGAAGAGGCCCUUCAAAAUCACGAAGAAGUUGUGACUCUCCUCAACGACAUGGAAAACCAGAUAAAAUGCCGGACCGCUUUGAUGAAAAAGAACGCAGGAAUAUACCUAAAACUCGGAAAUGAACAGCCAGUAUCUCAGAUUUCGGACUCGAAUGUCAAACCCAGCCCACUUUCUGCCAUGCGCAUGGUGCGUGUGCGGUACAGCACCGAGGAUGAGGGCUUCAAAUCUUCCACUCAAGAAAUCGGAGAUGUCGAAGAUCUUGGAGACGCCCCAAAUUCAGGAGUGGAGGAGUCCUCGAAUUCAGACUCUUCAGAGUCGGAAGUAGAGUCAGAAGAAGAGUCAGUCUCGAAUCCAGUCGAAAAACGGAAGUACGACAGCACGUCAUCCGGAGAGCAAACAGCAGUGCCCAGCGAGGCCUGGGAAUCGGAACCCGAGAAGACGAAAUUAAAAAAUAAAAUUAAAAAAUACAAAAAAAGGAGACUUGAUCGAACUAGGGGAACCGCACUACCGAAAACUUGUCACGAGGUGCCUACGAAACGCGAACCCUCACCCUCGCUCGAAUUCAGAUUCCCGACGAUCGAUCCGUCCCUCGUCGAAAUCUCGGAGGAGUCGGAAGAAGAAGUCGAGAGCAAGAAACCAACAGGUCGGCGGAACAUUCGGAAGAUCAUGUCCCCCGAAGAGAUGGCCAUCGAGUCCAGACGCGCAGAACGCGAUGAGGAGGAGCGAAGAACGCGACUCGCCGAGCGACAGGAGGCACUCGCAGAGUUGCACCGAGAACGAACAACCCAAGUGUUGGACGUCGACAAGGUGACGAAGGAAAUCAGGGUCCAAGUCGACCCGGCUCUCGUCCGGAGCAUGAGCGAACACCAGAAGGACGGCGUGAGGUUCAUGUGGAACGCCUGCUUCGAGUCCGUCGAGCAGGUCAAGUCCACGCCUGGUUCGGGUUGCAUCGUCGCCCAUAGUAUGGGGCUCGGAAAGUCUCUCCAGAUCGUCGCUCUGGCCCAUACCGUCAUCAAGCACCCCACCUUGAACCUGAACAAGAUCCUGAUCGUGUGCCCGAAGUCGGUGAAGCUGAAGUGGGGCGACAAGUUCGCGAGGUGGCAGACGAGCGUUACAGAAAAAAUCGACGUUUUUGAUUUGACCUCCUACGAGGACGUCGAAACGAGGGAGCGGCACUUGCGGAGGUGGCAGGAGCAGGGCGGGGUGAUGAUCCUGGGAUACCAAGAGUUCCGGUCGCUCGUCCUCCCCAAAACCUCCCAGUGGCACGAAGAAGCCUAUUAUAAAAUCCGCAAGCACCUGGUGAACCCAGGUCCAGACGUGGUCAUCUUCGACGAGUGCCACGUCCUGAAAAACAACAAAAGAGGAACUACCAAGGCAGUCGAGAUGUUGAGGACGUCCCGGCGGAUAUUGACAACGGGAGCCCUUUUGAAAAACCUCCUAUCGGAGGUGUAUAAUUUGAUAAAUUUAGUCAAGCCCCAUUUCCUGGGGGAUAAAGUCGAGUUCAACAACCGAUUUUUGAACCCCAUCAUGAACGGGCAGUUGUGGGACUCGACUAAGAAGGACACGGAAUUCAUGAGAAACAGGCUCCACGUCCUGCGAGAAAAGCUCGAGGGAGUCGUGCUUUUCCCAGACUCGAAGUUCUUCGAGCGGAUCCUCCCGGAAAGGCACGAGCACGCGAUCAAAAUCAGGAUGUCGCAAACGCAGAUCCAGACCUAUCGGUGGUGGGCCGAUAGCGUCGACGAUCGUCAUCUAAACAGAGGGGAAUUGUUGGAGAAAGCGAUCAUGUUGAGCCAGAUAUGCAACCACCCCAAGAUCGCUUUCGAAGGCCCGUCCGGUGAGAUUCAAGCCCUGAGGGUGACAGGGCUAGGUCUGAGCAGCAUCGGGCCCAGCCCAAAGGUUAAACUGUUCCUCGAGAUUCUGAAGAAGUGCUCCGAGAGCGGGGAUAAGCUCGUGGUCUUCUCGCAGUUUCUGCAGACUCUAGACUUGCUCGAGUGUUUCCUCAAACGCUCGGGUUGGACUCCAGGGGACGACUAUUUCCGUCUGGACGGAAGGUCCUCCCUGGAGGAUCGUCGUCGGUGCUGUCGCAUUUUCAACUCGGAAAAUAGAAAAGCCAGACUUUUCUUCCUGACGACAGGAGAGGUCAGUUUGGGAUUGAACCUGACGGCUGCGAACAGGAUGAUCAUCUUCGACGCGCAUUGGAACCCGUCGGUCGACUCACAGUGCGCCUCCCGAAUCUGUAGAUUCGGACAGACGAAACCGUGUCAUAUCUACAGAUUCAUCAUGAAAGGCACGAUCGAGGAGAAGAAAUACGAGCAGCAGGUGUCCAAGGUAUCCCUCUCGACUCGCAAGAAGUUGCACGAUCCGCAGCAACUGGAAUACAAUUUUGAUUACGGCGAGCGAACCGUGUCGGUGACUCCGCGGGACGAGAUAUUGCAGGGAUUGCUGCAUCACGACUUCAUCGAUUUCGUCGAAGAGGUUCCUCCACUUUCCUGUGUGUUUCUCGACUGAUUGAAAGGUCUUGGACAAAAGAAAUGUUUUUCACCGUGGCUAUCAUGGACAACGGGCCAGUUGCGCUAGUCAGAGGAUCAUAUGGAUUGCAUUUUGCGAAAAGGAACCACUAGCAUUGCGCAAUAUUGC